GAGAGAGCGAGAAGGGAGAGAGAGAGAGGGUUGGUCGUUCGGGGCGGUGCUCAGCUGAUCCCCUUCCACUUUUUCUUCUCCAUGUUAGCUCUCAAACGUCGCCGGCAACAUGCCUAAAGCGUGACAGUAAACUGGUUUAGCUGGGUGACGGGAAGAAAAGAAAGAAACAAACAACAAUGUGUCGGAACACUGACUUGCAUUAGAGGCGCGACUGGAGACGCGGCGACCGGAAACACGGCAAGAUGGCCCGUUUGGAGUUCAAACGACAGGAACCGUGACGAUGACUUAACGUUAGCUGGCCAGCAAUAUGGCACGUCGCUCUCAAUGUUCUUCUGCCGGGGAUAACCCCCUGCACCCCAACUACCUUCCUCCUCACUAUCGCGAAGAGUACCGUCUGGCAAUUGACGCACUGAUUGAGGAAGCGCUGGAAGGAUAUUAUGAGUUUCUCCAAAAAGCAGAUGUGGUGGCCUUCCUGUCCACACCUGAGAUCCAGUAUAUUCAGGGCUCAGUCCACGUUCCUCAGCAAAGCACCUACCAAGAGCAAACUUUUCUCGAGAGUGGAGGAGACAGCUCCUCGGACACUUAUUGGCCAAUCCACUCGGACCUGGACGCCCCUGGCCUGGAUCUUGGCUGGCCUCAGCCUCAUCUUUUCGGUGGCCCCACAGAGGUCACCACUCUGGUUAACCCUCCUGAGCCUGACAUGCCGAGUAUCAAGGAGCAGGCUCGGCGACUUAUCAAGAAUGCUCAGCAGGUGAUUGCCAUAGUAAUGGACAUGUUUACUGAUGUUGACAUAUUUGCCGAUAUUUUAAAUGCUGCCAUGAGGAACGUUGUCGUCUAUAUUCUUUUAGACGAGCAGAACGCACAUAAUUUCAUGAACAUGGUGUCCAACUGCAGAGUAAAUCUACAAAGUAUCCAAUUUUUACGCGUGAGAACUGUGUCUGGCAUCACUUAUCACUGCCGGUCUGGGAAAUCCUUCAAAGGUCAGAUGAUGGAUCGCUUCUUGCUGACAGACUGCAGGGCCGUACUGAGUGGGAACUACAGCUUCAUGUGGUCUUUUGAGAAACUACAUCGUUGUAUGGCACACCUUUUCCUUGGACAACUUGUAUCGACUUUUGAUGAAGAGUUUCGGAUCCUCUUUGCUCAGUCACAGCCGUUACUGACUGAUGUGCCUGUUGCGAUGGAAGACAGUGGCCUUUUACAGAAGAGGCAAUACCCAAGUAAAAUAACUUCUCUCGUGUACAGAGAGCCCAGAAAGUUGGUACCAAUGGACAUGUCUCAUACAGAGGAUUGGACUAAACCAUCAUAUGAUGAACAAAUGGAAACUGACUGGAGAAUGUCUCAUCUCAAAAGGAACGAAUCUUUGCAUGGUCCUGUUGAUAUGUACAGUCGAUUUCCAUCACAGCAGUCAGGAAUGGAGCAGCAAGGUCACUCCAAGUUUCCCAUGAUGGAAAGCCCUGCUUUGAAACGCCACAUUUAUAGUGAAGGUGUUCACGCCAGGUACAAUUACCCAUUCCCAACUCAGCCCACAGCAGACUUUGAGGCUCGUGGAAGGAUGUUUCACAGGGCACAGCAGCAAAAUAUGGGGCCAGGUCCUGAAGUUGAUUAUAAGGUACCUGAGAAAUUUUGCAGCCAAAACUAUCAUUCAGCAGAUCAGUAUUUGGAACCAGGCGUACCACAAGAGAUUGAGCCAUUUGAUAACUUUGACCCUGUGCUUAACUAUUUAUCAUCCACCACAAAUGUGGACUUUGAACAGGUCCCAGGUCCUGCAGAUUUACCUUUAAGUUUAUCUCAGGCUACAAUGGAUGACAAGCGGUUUUUCCAGCAGCCUAACACUGACCGCAAAGACCCCAUGGUGAAGCGGGGUUUAAGGAACUGGAGAAUUAACUCUUACCUCAGUGCAUGUGAUAAUCCAGGAGAUGAAGGCCUGCCAUUGAUACAGCCUCAGGCAUCAGAUCCUUUUGAGGAGCCCUCCAACACCGUACAGCCAACAGCACCAGUCACAGAUUUUUCAAUUCCUAAAAUUCCAAAUGUCCGAGAGUUUAAGAUUCCUGCCAUUCCAAGAGUAAGUCAGUUGCCAAGUUAUGCCAAAGCUUUUGCACUGGAACCACAGGAGUCAAAUAAAUUGCCAGAAGAAAGUACUGCUGUGACAGCUGCCACCAAAACCACACCAACACCCUCAGAAUCAUCAUCAACAACUGAAGGGGAGAAAUCCGAAGAGGCAGAACAAAAGGAACCUAAUACUGCUGUUCGAAAGGAUGAGUCAUUUAAGAGAAAAUACAAUGCAGCAAUGCCAAGAAGCUCGAGGUUAAGAUCAUCUCUGAUAUUUAACUCUUUAGACCAGCGUACAGCAGGGCAACAAGAUGAGGAAAGUGACAAAAAUGAGAGCGAGCAGACAAAACUACCCUUUGUUUCUCCAGUUUUUGGACAAAGAAGAUCAGCUGCAAGAGAAUCUUUUGGAUGGACUCGUUACUUAAAGUCAUCCACAUUUGACAGCUCUGUGCCAGAAGCCUCAAAGCAAGAAGGAAACAAUAAACCAGAGGAUAAAGAUUCAUCAAAGGAAGAUUCAAAGACUUCCCAUGAAAAUCUAGAGGUACAAGAAACAUUAAAACUGCCAGAUAUUGAACAACAAAACGUUUCUCCAUCACCAUCCAGAUUGAAGCGGUCUGAAUCUGAUCUGGCAAAAACUGAUCAAUCAACUAAGUCUUUGGUCAACAAUCCAUUGUCUGUCGAUAUGAGUGAUCCUGAUCAAAGAUUAAUGUUUUUCAAAGAGCUGGCUGCAAAGCGCAAAGCUGCUAAGGCUGCAGAAGCUGAAAAGAGAACAGAGAAGACUCUAAUUAAAACACCAACUGAUCUUGACAGUGUUACUGUUGAAAAUGAGGACUCCAUACCAAAUGAUGGAAGGAAAGGUGAUACGACAUCCCAAAUGCCAAUCUCAUUAUCAUCAAGUGUUAUUAAACAAGAUUUAAGUAAAACAAAAUCCACAGAACUGCCUGUUGAUGUCAGUGAUGAGGCAAACAAGCAAGAGGGCAAGGUCAGUAAUCUAACAGUUAUCUCCCAGAGAUCAAAAAGUGAACAACCAAGAGCCUCAAGUGAUUUAAAAAAGGUAGAAUUGGGGAACAGUCAAACGGCAGCAUCUUCAUCUGUUUCUGCAGAAACAGAAGCUCUUCAAUGUGAUUCAGAAGACACAGAGCUUCACAAACCUGCCUUGAGUGAGUGUAGCUCUGGUCAGCAACCCAUUUUAACAAAAGAAACACAUGCUAAUCUUCCAUCGCUUAAGCAAGAUAAAAGUGUAUCAUUACUUCUUAAGUCUACCUCUAAUGAGACCACGUUAUUUAUUCCCGAUUUUGGGGAUUCAGCAUCAUCUACUGCAUCUACCAUAGUUACUUCUAACAUCCGAAAUCAAGACUCAUCACAGUUCAUGACCAACGUGGAAUCUCUUCCUCUGGCAUCACAAUCUAGCAAAGUAGCACAACCAGAUUCAAAAAGCUCUAACUCUGAACACCCGCUAUCCAUUUCUAAUCAUCAAACCACAUCCAGUCCUCAUGACUCUAACAUAAACUCACCGAGCAUACAGUUCCUAACUUGUGACAAAAUACACCUAGGUGAAUCUGUCAGUGCCUCCACACUAAGAUCCACCCAAUCUACUGAGGAAAAAUCCUCUUUCAUGCAGAGAGAAGCGGAGUCUUCACAAGACCAGGCAGCUUCUGUUUCAGUGUCAAUGCCACCUGAAAGUAAUCCUUCGUUAUGUGACUCUGCGUAUGAGCAAUCUGGUGUUUUCCAUGAAAAUUGUGCAUCUGGUUCAGAGUCAAGCUCAUCUUCGUUACAACCUACUCCUAAGACAAACACUGAAAAAUCUUGUUCUAUUUCAUGUGAUUCCCAAAAGGUUUCUGGAUUAGAAAACAGCUCAGGAACUACUCCAGUAGUAGACAAGUCUAGGUUGUCACCCAUUGUUGUUCCCUCAUCCUUCAGACAAGACAUCCCAACUCAUAGUCUUAGCUCUUCCCCACUUGAAUCCAAUAUAUUUGGUUUCCAGAGUCAUUCUAAAUCGGACAAAAAAGAAGCCCAUAUUCCUAAACCCACUCUAGACUUAUCUCAAGAGCCACUUAGACAAACAAACUCCGCAUCUGAACCUAACCUAGCAGAAUCCUCCACUCCUGCUGGUUCAGAUUUAUGUUCAACUGUGUUAGUUCAAUCUGGCUUGCCUUCCCACACUGAAAGAGCAGAAGGUAUAAUGCCAGCAUUGCAUUGGUCCUCUGGCAGAAGCUCUUUAAUUAAUGGCAACCCAACUGACAUAAACAAAGUUACAACCCACCCUACCUCAAUUGUCACAUCUGUUAUGGCCGACAAAAAUCUCAACGCUGAUCAUUCUGAAGCCUGCUCAUCAAAGUUAGCUGCACCUCUUGAUAGCAAUAGUACGGGCUAUCAGAAUUAUGUCAGCGAAGAUUCUAAAUUGCUUAUGCCUUUUGAAAAUAAAACUGAGGACAGUGAAACUACAAUUCCAGUUAACAAGAGUACUGCACAGCAGUCUGUCUGCAGUGAAAGAAUAAAUGAAUCAGCAAGGCAAAAUAAAUGUUCAGGGGUUACAGCAGAGGAAGCUGUACCAUCGUCACAACAAUCCAAGCAGCCAAAGUCAAGCCAAUCUCGGUACCACUCGUCAACGGUUGGUGUGCUUUCUAGCAGCAACCUCCGAGACGAUACAAAGCUGCUGCUAGAACAAAUUUCAGCAAAUAGCCAAAGCAGGAAUGAGUCUACCAAGGAGUCACCUGUCACUGAUGAUGAGAAAGAAGAUGGAGCUGACAAAAACGCCAAAAGGGGAAAAGAAAGAGAGUUAUCUCAGGACCGUGACAAGCUGCUGGAGAAACUCCAAAGCAUGAGGAAGGAGAGGAAAGUUUACAGUCGCUUUGAUAUGGCUCCUUAAGUGGGAUCCAGAAAGCUGAGAGAAAAGAUUAGAGACUGAAGUACAGCAAUAACCCAACAUGCUGACUAAGACAUAUACAUGAUUAGUAGAGACCAAUAGGGUAGGAUUUGUAUUUGUCAAUCACUAUCACUGUAGUCAGCAUUGGAGUGCGUUUACUGACGGUUGAUAAAUGUAUGUGAUCAACAGUUUUAAUGACACGGAUGGGUAAAGUGCAAUUGUUACAACUGAUUUGUGGUGCCCUGUACAGUUCUUGGCUUCUUUUCUACAGUGGCAUCCACAAUACAUACAAUACUGUUUGAGCGAAGAAAAAAAUGCUACAGCCUUUGAUGGCUUGUUUCUGAAAGAAUAAUUAUCACAAGAGCCUUGAUUUUAUAACACGUGGGUCUUAAAAAUGUGAUGAUGAAGUAAGACCAUAUUGUUUCUGACCAAUUGGCUGGUUGAACUUUAGCUUUCCAAAUAGAAGUCAGUUCUAUCCUGGUGAGCUAUUUUUAUUUGUAGUGCAGAAACAGAACUUGUUGUAAAGUAUCUUCUCCCAUCUAGUGGGUCAUCGUUUAACUGCAGCACUCACUGCAUCGUUAUUCUCAUGCAGUACGUACGCGCAAACCACUAAAUGGCCACAUUGGUGACUUGUGGAAAGUUUUGAGAAGGUUUUUAGAGAAGUAAAAAAGUUUAGAAAUUAAAAUUACAAUACCACUCCUGGAUAUUUGCCUUCAUAUAUUUAGAAUAUGUAUUUAAUCCAAUAAUAUUAAUCACAUUGGAAAAUCAAACCCACGUGAGGACUAUAUGUAAUAGAAACAACAGCAUCUUAAACUUCAUGCCGCUUAGUAACCAAAAUUGAGUUUUGACUAUCUCUUCUCUUAUUGUUGUUUUUUAAACUGACUUUGAUAAUGAAGGAAGACAAUGCGGAUAAGAUCCACUUUCCAUGUAACCGAUACUAAAAAGUUAAAUUUAUAAAAAAAAAAAAAAGAAGUAUGGAAUCUGUUCAGCGCAAUGUUAUUGUCAUAUGCCAACCGGUUUUUUGUUGUGAUCUCUGGAUGGCUUUGGUGUAUUUGUACAGAUUUUGAGUCAUCAAUAUUCCAGCCAUAACAUUAAAAAUACAUUUUUCUUAAGGGACCUCAAAGCCUGACCAUGCAUGCAAACAAAGUUCAUGUAUAGGAGUAAAUGGCAAAAUGCUGGGUUUAUUUUGUAAUUUGGAGGAACUGAGCUUUUGUGCCUGUGUAUUCUUCUGAACUUGUGCCUUUACCCAUAAAACAUAAAAUGGAUGUAUAGGAGUAAAUGGCAAAAUGCUGGGUUAUAUUUUGUAAUUUGGAGGAACUGAGCUUUUGUGCCUGUGUAUUCUUCUGAACUUGUGCCUUUACCCAUAAAAUAUAUAAAAUUGGAAAAAAAAAAACAUUUUUUAAGAUACUUUGAAUGGAUGUCUGGUCUUCCAGACCAAAUGAUAAAACUAAAAUCCCAUCAAAAUUUUAAUUUUCAAUGUUUGCCCUUAGUUUUGAUUGAGAUGCACUUUUCCUGAUAUUGUACAUCAUACAAGACACAGUACUUAACACAUUUAUUAGACCGCCACCCCAAUGUAACCAAUGCACUGAAAAUAACCAAAAUCAUUUUCGGGUUUUUCCGUAUUCAUAUAGUUGUGUACCUGUAUUCAGUGUGUUGAAGCUCUAGUAGUUGAAUGUUUGUUGUAUUUUAGUAAUUUCUGACUUCUUUGAGAAGCAAAGUAAGCUGGCAAAAAUAUGGGUACAAAUAGGGCAAUUUGAUUUUAAAUUCCUCUUUCCUGUUCAAAAUGGUAAAAUGUCAAAAGCUCAGCAUUAAAGCAUUUAUUUAUGCUGAA